AUGGCCAGCACGCUAAGCCCCAGCACGGUGACUGAGACUUCCAGUCCUCCUGAGACCUCACAGCGCAUACACAAUGCUGCUGACAUCUCCGUCAUUGUCAUAUAUUUCGUGUUGGUGAUGGCCGUUGGACUGUGGGCAAUGCUGAGGACUAACCGGGGCACUGUUGGAGGCUUCUUUCUGGCUGGCCGAGAUGUGACCUGGUGGCCGAUGAGCGCCUCCCUCUUCGCCAGUAACAUCGGCAGUGGCCACUUCGUGGGGCUGGCAGGGACCGGAGCAGCUUCGGGAAUCGCCAUUGCGGCAUUUGAAUGGAACGCCUUGCUGCUGUUGCUGGUUCUAGGGUGGUUCUUUGUCCCCAUUUACAUCAAGGCAGGGGUGAUGACCAUGCCGGAAUACCUGAGGAAGCGGUUUGGUGGGAAGCGGCUCCAGGUCUACCUCUCCAUCCUCUCCCUGUUUAUCUGUGUGGCUUUGAGAAUCUCAUCAGACAUAUUUUCUGGAGCCAUAUUCAUCAAACUGGCCUUGGGAUUGGACCUAUACCUGGCGAUCUUCAUCCUCUUGGCUAUCACUGCUAUUUACACAAUCACUGGUAAUCUGCCUGCAGUCCUCCAUGUAUUUUUGCUACAAACCAUAUGUCUAAGAUUUGACAGAAAUUUCAUUUCAUCCAAUUCCUUUUCAGCUUUUGCCGAAGUCGGAGGCUACGAGAAUUUUACAGAGAAGUACAUGAAUGCCAUCCCAACCAUAGUGGAGGGGGACAACCUGACAAUCAAAUCCAAGUGCUACACACCUCAGGGAGACUCCUUCCAUAUUUUUCGAGAUGCUGUCACUGGGGAUAUUCCAUGGCCAGGAACAAUAUUCGGAAUGACUGUUGUAGCUGCGUGGUAUUGGUGUACAGAUCAGGUCAUUGUGCAGCGCUGCCUGUCGGGCAAGGACAUGUCACAUGUGAAGGCCGCCUGCAUCAUGUGUGGGUACCUGAAGCUGCUGCCCAUGUUCCUCAUGGUGAUGCCAGGGAUGAUCAGCCGCAUCCUGUUCACAGAGAAGGUGGCCUGUGUUGUACCUUCGGAAUGCGUGAAGCACUGUGGAGUUAAAGUCGGCUGCUCCAACUAUGCUUACCCAAUGCUGGUGAUGGAACUGAUGCCCAAUGGACUGCGAGGCCUGAUGCUGUCGGUCAUGCUGGCCUCUCUGAUGAGCUCCCUGACCUCCAUCUUCAACAGCGCCAGCGCCCUCUUCACCAUUGAUCUGUACACCAAGAUCCGGAAGACAGCAUCUGAGAAAGAGCUCCUCAUAGCUGGACGGUUAUUUAUCAUUCUUUUAAUUGCCAUCAGCAUUGUGUGGGUCCCCUUAGUACAGGUUGCUCAAAAUGGACAACUAUUCCAUUACAUAGAAUCUAUUUCUAGCUACCUUGGGCCUCCAAUUGCAGCUGUCUUCCUGCUUGCCAUCUUCUGUAAAAGAGUCAACGAACAGGGAGCCUUCUGGGGUCUAAUUGUUGGAUUUGUGAUUGGCCUCAUCCGUAUGGUCGCAGAGUUUGUCUAUGGAACCGGGAGUUGUUUGGCCACCAGUAACUGCCCCCAAGUCAUCUGUGGAGUGCACUAUCUGUACUUUGCCCUCAUUCUCUUUUUUGUUUCCAUACUGAUCAUCCUGGGAAUUUCCCUGUUAACAAAACCCAUUCCUGAUGUACAUCUAUAUCGCCUGUGCUGGGCUCUUCGGAAUAGUACAGAGGAACGAAUUGAUUUAGAUGCAGAAGAGGAAAGACAUGAAGAAGCUGAUGAUGAUGCUGAUAAUGAUAAUCCUGAGGAAACUCGUGGAUGUCUCAGGAAGGCUUAUGACUUGUUCUGCGGUUUGCAGAACAAAGGCCCCAAACUGAGCAAAGAGGAGGAAGAAGCCCAGAAGAAGAAGCUGACAGACACGUCUGAGAAGCCCUUAUGGAGGACAGUAGUGAACAUCAAUGCCAUCAUCCUCCUGGCAGUGGCAGUCUUUGUUCAUGGCUAUUUUGCCUAA